CAGCAGCACUGCCACCGUGGCCGAUUCGCGCUUAAGUGCAGACUUAUGUUUUAUCUAUAUCUUCUCUUUCUUAUGCCCAUGAAGCUCCCACUGAGUCCGCGGAACUCAGACAAAAGAACCACCGAGAACACCAUCGAAGACUCGCUGCCAAAAAGCGACGACGAAGAGCCAGCUGCAGAGCACACAGACACAGACACAGACACAGAAACAACUGCAACUGCAACUGCAACAACUGCCAAAGUAACAACAACUGCCAAACCGAAGCGUUCAAAGAAAAGUUUAAGGAAAAACUGUGGGAAAUAUAAUUCGUUCAGAUAAGUUAUAAGUUUUCUUCUCUCCAAACAACCGAAGAGCGUCACCAAUCAACAACUGAAGCAACAACACACAACGUGUUGCAACAUCCACAACUCCAGAGCUAACGUGAGCGUCAUAGGUGCCCUUCGCACGCCUCUGCGGACACCAUAAUUCGAUGCAACGAUUUGAUUUCGAGAAGAGUUCGAAGAGGCUUACAAAUUACUAAGAAGAAAAAGAGCUACUAAGGACAGCUGUACUUGGAAGGUAUAGAGGAAUACUAAGUCAGAAAGGACUAAACAGAUUUUCCAGCAAACACGAGCAAACAGCAAAACAACAACAAUGAUAACGAGGCUAUACAAUACCGAGGAGGAUCCCGCCUACUGCUCAUUAAUCUGGGGCUCCAAUCUCAGCAGCACCACUGACGUUCUGGAUGGAGCAUCCAAUGCCACGCCCGUCUUUGGCACAGACUUGCGGGACGACAUCUAUCGGGAUGUGGAAGAUCCGCGUACACAAACCCUCCGCGAGUACUGCUAUGGAAUUUUUCUGCCUAUUAUCUGUGCCAUGGGAAUCAUUGGCAAUGUUCUCAAUCUAAUUGUGCUCACCCGUCGGAACAUGCGUGGAACUGCCUACAUCUACAUGAGGGCGUACUCCGCGGCAGCACUGCUUGCGAUUCUAUUUGCAAUACCCUUCGGCAUCCGUAUGCAGGUCCACAAGGAUCGAGGCCAAUGGGAGGAGUUCGGACCCGCCUUCUACACGGCUCAUUUGGAGCUUUACUUGGGCAACGGCUGCUUGGGUGUGGGCGUGAUGAUGCUACUCGUCCUAACCCUCGAGCGAUAUGUCUCGGUAUGCCAUCCUGGAGUCACGCGACCCGUCAUGGGACGCCCUGGAUUGGUGGUAUUUGUCACCUCCUUGGUUACUAUCAUCGUGUACUUGCCGAGCAUCUUCCGGGGCGAGCUGAUCAAGUGCAUUCUUUCCUCUCCCGAUGUCUAUGUGUAUCUGCGACGCGACAAUACCAUAUACCAGCAGACCAUGUUCUACAAGGUGUACAAGAUCAUGCUGGAGAUGGUAUUCAAACUGAUUCCAACCAUGGUGAUUGGAGGCCUGAACUUGCAGAUUAUGAUUGUGUAUCGACAGACAUGCGAACGACGCCGCCAAAUGGUUUUGACACGGGCCAGCUCGAACUUCCACAAGGACGAUGACCCGAGGAAGUUUGCGGAGGAGCGCCGCUUAUUUCUUCUACUGGGUAGCACAUCGAUACUGUUCUUGGUCUGCGUCUCACCAAUGGCUAUACUUCACAUGACCAUCGCCUCGGAAGUUUAUCCGAGCUUCCCGUUUCAGGUCUUCCGUGCCAGUGCCAACCUCAUGGAGCUGAUCAACUACUCGCUGACCUUCUACAUCUACUGCCUCUUCAGCGAAGACUUCCGCAACACCCUCUUCCGAACGUUCAAGUGGCCCUGGCUGAAGGGACAGUUCUGCCACCAGGUGGACCUGGAGGUGAGUGCUAGCCCCCCGGCGAGUGUGGCCACAGCUGCCACUCCAGCUCAAGCAGGCAACAGUUCUAAUCCCACUACUACUGUCACUAUACCCAAACGCAUGCAACAACGAUUGCCAAAUCCGACUCGCUUUCCACAUCAAUUAGCCCGCCCAGACCGAAAGCGGCCUGCCCAUGGUGCACUUCGCUAAGGUGACUAAGCAUCCCCAUUUCAACCGCAAUAAAAUAGACACCACAUCGAGCCUUGAUCUGGGACGCUCCACCAGCAUCUAGCCUCGACAGCAUAUACUCCCCCACAUUUCCACCACUAUCGUCUAAGCAUCCGAGCAUCACACAUCUAUCACGUCAUCUAACAAACCUUUUACGCUCUAUAUACUCCACACUCCAAAGAUCGAGGCCGAGGCCGAGGCCGAGUCCGACUUACCCUGUCCAACUGAAGCGCCAAACUUGACCCGAUAACGCAAGCGAAUUCACGAAGGAAAACAUAAUGAAUGAAUGUCUUUUUUUUUGGUAGUGAACACUUAGUAUUUCUAGGCAUAAGUCGUAAUUGGAAAACAAAUUAGAAAUGUCCACACAUAGAUAGCAUUCCACACACAUACGAAAUUAUGUUAGGAAAGAGUUUAGACAUUAUCGUGUUGUGUAUGGUAGCUUUCUCGGAGAACUAGGGAGCCGAAUGAUGAUGUUGAUUGCGAUGCCAGGAUACUCGCAACGAGCUUAGCUACAGAUACAGAAGUGAGACAGGAGAGACAGGAGAGACAGGAGAGCUUAGCUGCAGACGAACAUAAAGACAGAUGAGAUCGACAAAUGGGAGAAAUAAAGACAAAGAGGAAGACUUUGGAGCUUCGAUAUUCCUUACGGUAUGCCGCUGAGUACUUCCGUUUUACUAUCUUCGAUACGAUAUCUGUUACAAAAUGUCGCAGAGAGGUGAAGAAAGUAAUAGGAUGCUCGAGCUUAGGUGCAGAGAAACUGAUCGGCAUGCAGGAUUCAGUUGAAAACGACACUUGAUAUAUUAUGUAUAUUAUAAAACAAAAAGUGAUAAGUGAAAAUACGAUUUUCGGAAUGAAAUUAAAAACGUUAUCUAAAAGAUAGUUUAUUUAGAUGUUCAUGUGUGUGUGAAUGUUCGUUUGUGUGUGCCACACAGCCGGUAGAUUAAUUUGGCAAGCAACAAAAAUAAUGUAUGCAUAGACACAGACAGACAUAAAUAUGUACAUCGCAUACGAAAUGUUGACAAACCGACGAGCGAGCAACAGAGAGACAUUUGUACAGAUAAAAUCAUACAAUGAUGAUACACAAAUACAUACAAUACUAUACCAUAUACUGAUUUAUAAAUGUUCAAGUCCAUAUUAAAGAAACCAAUGGAAUAUUUGUGUGAAACGCGUAUUUAUGUAUACACUUGUCUAACUGUAAGAUAGGAUAAAUGUACUAUGUACCCCUAUAUAUGUAUUUACUUGUAUAUCGGCAUAACGUAUCAAUUGAUAUACAUAAGUGCGAAGGCUUAAGUCUAAAUUGUCUCAGAAAUUGAUUGUAGAUAGAUCCUAAGCACCUUUUGUCUGACGAAAUUGAAUUGUGUUCUUACUUAAUUAAUUGUAGCUACUGUAAAUAAAUGUACACUAAGUUCUAAAUGAGGUGUUUAAGUUAGCUAGUUUAUUGUUUCGGGGCUUGAGCUUAGAGCCCAGCAUUAGCCCCGUUUAAGAUUUGUAUGUAUAUUUUUGUCAGUCAUUUCUUGCACCACGAUAACCAAACUAAAUGUGUGUCCCGCCUAUCCACUUAAGAAACCCUCCUUACUGCUACAAAAUGUGUAUUUACAGUAGCCCAAAGCAUUUAGGAGACCAAUAGGAAUCACUCAGCUAAAGUACUAAAUUGCACUACAUAUUCAUAUCCGAAAACCACAAAAAAAAUAGUAUUAAUAGGUAAAAGCAACGAUGUGAAAUACAAUAUGUUCAUUUGUAGCACCAUGCAUGUAGAACUUUAAUGCAUGAUGCCUGAUUCAAACAAGGAAAGGAGUUUAAUUAUAUAUUUGAUGGCCUUUCUUUCGAAAUUCGUUGUUCGAUCGCUCCGACAAACCUAUUGAAAUAAAUAUAUAGAGCGCAAAUACACACAAAAUGUAUCCAAGAAGGAAGGAAAAUAUUCAGUUCAAGAUCAAAUAAUCCAGCACACUCGUCAUCUCAUACACAAUCAUAACUAUCCUCUGAAUGGAAUGUUGUCUUAUGACAACUCCUAGCAGAAUUACCUUAAGAAAAUGCAACCCAACUGAAAGCAACCCCGAAAUGUUGGCAUAAAAGAGUUGCCAGAAACUGGGAAAGGAUGUGCAGGAACUGUUUGGAGGAACUGCUUGCCAGUCAGGGGGA